UUUGAGUCCAGGGGAAGCUGAUGGAGUUGGGCCGGUUCGGGGAGCAAGAAGCGGAUGAAUAACGGGUUUCAGUCCGAAUCAAGCGGGUUUUAACGAGUUUAUUGGGACAGAAAAAUGUCCUCCUGGUAUCUUCUCUGCCUCGGGACUCUCUGCGUCCUCAGCUCCGUGUGGGCCGAUCGGCGGAAGCUGAACCCAGAAAAUCUGCUGAUCAUCACCGCGGCAACGGAGGAGACAGACGGCUUCAACCGCUUCAUGAGGACGGCCAGAGAGUUCAACUACACCGUGAAGGUUCUGGGUCUGGGCGAGGAGUGGAAGGGUGGUGACGUGGCUCGGACCGUGGGUGGAGGUCAGAAGGUCCGAUGGUUGAAGAAGGAGCUUCUGAAGCACUCUGAGAAGAAGGAGAUGAUCAUCAUGUUUGUGGACAGCUACGAUGUGAUAUUUGCUUCGGGUCCAGACGAGCUGCUCUCCAAGUUUUCUCGCCUGGGACACAGAGUGGUUUUCUCAGCUGAGGGGUUCUGCUGGCCCGACCAGCGAUUGGCCUCCAAAUACCCCGAAGUGCAUUCUGGGAAACGAUACCUGAACUCUGGAGGUUUCAUGGGGUUCGCUCCGGACCUCAGCGCCAUCAUCCAGCAGUGGAAAUACAAAGACAACGAUGACGACCAGCUGUUCUACACCAGGAUCUACCUGGACAAGACUCAGAGGACCAAGUUCAAUAUGACUCUGGACCAUCGCUCCCGGAUCUUUCAGAACCUGAACGGCGCCAUCGACGAGGUCGUCCUGAAGUUUGAGAGGUCAAAGGUCAGAUUGAGGAACGUCGCCUACGACACACUUCCUGUCAUCAUCCAUGGAAACGGACCCACAAAGCUGCAGUUGAACUACCUGGGGAACUACGUCCCCACAGUCUGGACCUACGAGCACGGCUGUGGGAUCUGUGACGACGACCUGCUCUUCUUCACCGACGUUCCUGUGGUGUACCACGAGCGCCACAUCCAGCAGUUCUGGGAGCGGUACCGGACUCUGUUCCCCGAUGCUGUCCUGGUUGGACCUGAGGAGAACCUGCAGGAGGACAAGGCCAGAACCAUGGCCAGCGAGGCGUGUCAGAAGAACCCGGACUGUGGGUACUACUUCAGCCUGGACUCAGACGUGGCCCUCAUCAACCCGGACACUCUGAGGGUCCUCAUGGAGGAAAACAAGUCUGUGAUCGCCCCCAUGCUGUCCAAACAUGGGAAGCUGUGGAGCAACUUCUGGGGGGCUCUGAGUCCUGAAGGGUACUACUCUAGAUCUGAGGACUACAUCGAGAUCGUGCAGGGGAAGAGGAUUGGUGUGUGGAACGUCCCUUACAUCACUCAGGUGUACCUGAUCAAAGGCAGCGUCCUGCGGUCCAAACUGUCCCAGGUGAGCCUGUUUGUGGACGAAGGGCUGGACCCGGACAUGGUGUUCUGCAGGAGCAUCAGAGACCAGGGUAUCUUCAUGUUUGUGUCCAACCGUGAAGAGUUUGGCCGUCUGGUGACAUCAUCCAACUUCAACACGUCCCGGCUGCACCCGGACAUGUGGCAGAUCUUCGACAACCCCGUGGACUGGAGGGAGAAGUACGUCCAUGAGAACUACUCCAGGAUCUUUGAAGAUGAGACCAACAUCGUGGAGCAGCCUUGUCCAGACGUCUACUGGUUCCCAGCUUUCUCUGAUAAGAUGUGUGAUCAGCUGGUGGAGACCAUGGAGGACUUUGGCAUAUGGUCCGGAGGAAAGCACAAGGACGAGCGUCUCACUGGAGGUUACGAGAAUGUCCCAACUGUGGACAUUCACAUGAACCAGAUCGGCUUUGAGAAGGAGUGGCUCAAGUUUCUCAAAGACUACCUCGUUCCUGUCACUGAGAAACUCUACCCCGGAUACUACCCCAAGGCCCAGGCCAUCAUGAACUUUGUGGUCCGGUACCGUCCCGACGAGCAGCCAUAUCUACGGCCGCAUCAUGACUCCUCCACCUUCACCAUCAACAUCGCCCUGAACCAGAAGAACAUCGACUACGAGGGUGGGGGCUGCAGGUUCCUGCGCUACGACUGUAAGGUGGAGUCUCCCAGGAAGGGCUGGUCCUUCAUGCACCCGGGUCGCCUGACGCACUACCAUGAGGGUCUGCCCACCACCAAGGGGACCAGAUACAUCAUGGUGUCCUUUGUGGACCCCUGACCACCUCAGGGUUUCUGUGAUGAACCUGAACGCGUCGUCUCACAAUAGGUUUUAUAUAAUUUCAGUGUGUGAUGUGUCGGAGGGGAACCUGAACGCAUCAUUGUUGGCAUUUUAAAAACAGAGUCACUUUAUUUAUCUUUGAAUCAGAACGUCAAAUGUCAGAAAAACACGUCAGACUUUGUGGUCUUGAAGGCAUCGUUGCCUGACAUUUCAAAAUAAGAGCCUAAUUUAAUGUUGAAAUCA